AUGGAUGGUAAAACUUCUGGUCCAUCUACAACAAUGGUCCUAUUGGUACCUAAGGUACCUAAGGAAGUGGUUGACACAAUGAGUGACACAACUACUUCUGACGAAGCAGGCGAAGGAAGUAGUCAUUCUGGUUACAGAACUCCUAAAAAGAAAAUAAAGCGAGUAUGUACUUUUCAAGAGGAUUGUUUAAAAAGCUAUUCAUGGUUGAAACCUGCCAAAGAGAACAUCAAAGCAAAUUGUACUUUGUGCCAGAAAGAAUUCAAUAUAAGCCAUGGUGGGAAAAAUGAUAUUAAUCGACACCAAGAUAGAAUCGACCAUAAGAAAAGGAAAGAAAGUGCUUGGAGUACAAUUUCAUUGAAACAGUUUUAA